GUCGCGUAUAUAUACAUGUAGUACGAAAGUAUAUGUAUUAUAUUUAUCAUUGCAAACGCGCAGAGAGUACUCUCCGUAUUACGCGCGGAUAUAUUUGCGCACGAUACUUGCAAACUGACAGCUGCCAGUAGAAGAAGCAGGAGUGGCGGAUCAUGUAAGGAUCUUCCAAAUCGACGAAGCAACUUAAUAUCCUACGAGCGUUUGCACUGCCAAAAAGAUACGUUAGAAGAUUUGGCAGGAUAGGCAGACGUAGGAACGGUAGUAGACGAAGAAGGAGCGGAAGAUCCAGAGGCAUGACACGUCCUCCCAACAAUGACAAUCUUGUAACCUUUAAGCUAGUUGUUGUUGGAGAUGGAGGGGUCGGCAAGAGUGCUCUUACGAUACAAUUCUUUCAAAAGCUAUUUGUUGCGGAUUAUGAUCCAACAAUCGAAGAUAGUUAUAUUCAACACACGAAAGUGGAUAACCAGUACUGUAUCUUGGAUGUGUUGGAUACAGCUGGCCAAGAAGAAUUUAGUGCCAUGCGUGAACAAUACAUGCGCAAGGGUGAUGGAUUUCUUUUGGUAUAUUCCGUGACUGAUAAACAGUCGUAUCAAAAUAUUGUGAAUUUUUAUACACAAAUUUUGCGAGUGAAAGAUAGAGAUGUUUACCCUAUGCUGUUGGUAGCCAAUAAAGUUGAUUUGGUGCAUUUGAGAAAAGUCACCGAGGAACAGGGGAGAGAAUUAGCUCAUCGUUUGGGCAUACCUUAUCUUGAAACUUCUGCCAAAGAUCCACCGUUAAAUGUAGAUACUGCAUUUCACGAGGUUGUACGUAUUAUCAAAAAUCAACCACCGAACGAAUUGGACAAAAAUCAAAAAAAGCGACGACGUUCGAAAAAGUGUAAGAUUUUAUAAGUUUUGAAGAUAGUUAUAUGUACACACUUAUGCAAGAACUGAAAGCCAUGAUGUUGUGUCAUAAUUGUGCAACACUUUUUACAUCUGAGAUAAUAUCCAUCCUGGACGCAUCAUUGAGUUUAAGAAAAUGAUUCUUCUGUCCUUCGAUAUAUAGGUAUUUAUAACUAGUUUUUCUCUUCCAUUUUGUUUAUCAUUACACCACAGCACUAAUAAGCAUUAAAAUAUUGUAUUAAAGUA